AUGGCCCAGUCUCUCGCAACCAAGACCCUCACUCUCACCUGCGUCCCGCCUAACGUGGACAAAUUGCCUACCGAACCAAAGAUUGAGGACGAUUUUGUGCCUGCCACGGGAACGUUGAGCCCAGUGGGAUGGAACACAACCAUUGGCGGCGACGGAGGCAAUGCGCUUGCGCGUGGAAUCGGAGUCGGACUCAUGGGGAACUUCUUCACCCCGGGUAUUGUCCCAGGAAUACCCUCUACCAUCGCUGACAUCGUCCGGGGCGCUCGGCUCGGUAACACUGGGAUCCCCGCCGCGGAGCUCGCCCGACUGGGUCUCAACUCGCCUGACUUCUACUCUGCGAUCGGGGCCGUCACCGGCGGCUUAGUGUCGUCGGCUACUGCCAUUGCGGCGUUGGCGAAACGAGUGAGCCACGACUUCCCCACGCUGUGGUAUGUCAACUUCCCGCAUAACAUGUCGGCUGCCGACGCCGAGUUGGUCGCGCGGCACCGGGAGAGUAUGCUGGAUUUUCGAAGCUGGUCGUCGAAGAAGUGGUGGGAGGAGGUCGACCGCCGGUAUGGACGGGUCGAUGACACUGUUGCGAGGUUGAGUCAGAGUAAGGAGUUUGCGGAGAUUGCGUUUGAAGAUAUGGUGAAGAUGUCAUGGCUUCGCACCACUCGCCCUCCGCACCCCGACCAGUACAACUUUGAUUGUGAACGUUAUCAGCUCCACACCCAGAUGAUUUCGUGGGUGCUUGGCCGAGGCUGGUGGACGCCCAGUGAGGAUACUGCGCGAAUCCUCGAGCCCAUCUUCGAAAGCAUUGUCAGGGGCGCUUUGGCAGGAAGCAGAAAUUACAGCCAAAUGCACAAUGUCGUAAUGGAAAAAUACGUCUAUGACGAGUCCACCAAGACCAUCGAUUCCUUUAUUCGCCUCCUCUCCUUCGAGCUGCAUGAGGAUUGUUAUGAACACGUCACUGAGGGUAAGCACGGGACGCGGCAAUACCGGGUAGCAGUCUCCCUCAAGCUUUGCAUGUACGAAGCCGUCUUCGACAUGGCGGUCUGGGACAAGUUUUCGGCUACGUUGAGCGACGACGACACGGAUCCGCUGCGGGACUUUGUCAAGAGUUGCACUAUUAAUGUGCCAGAGAAGCGAUAA